ACCCACAACCACCACUUCAUCAGAUUGUCUACAACAUGUACGCCACGUCAAUCGACCAGGUAUAAAGGAAGCAGGAAUCCGUCGUUCUUUCUUAUCCUCUAAAUCUUCACCACUUCACUAGUUCUGCUCACAACGCCCAGUCAGCACAACAACAACACCUAGUAUCAUGUCACAUGCCGACGGCACAGGCGUAACUACCCCGCCACGCACAAACGCAGCAGCUCCUGUUGAUAACACAAUAAAAUCCACGCCAUACAACCGCGGGACCGCUUCAGUCAAUGAGCACAUCAGCCUGAUCGGCGUCCACGUCAAGAAAAUCAGCCCAUGGGUUCAGCGCGACAUUGAGGAGUCCAAGACGUGCGAGGUAGAUGCCAUGCUUCAAUUCCUCCUGCAACGCGCUUCUUGCAACAAGGAGACUGAGCAGCCUGAUCUCCUGAAAAAGUGCAUCGCGGCAGUUCUACCAGUUUGCAACGGAGAAGUGAAACCGGCGGACGCUGACAAGGCCAAACGAUUUAACUCUUCUGAGAUCAGGAAUCAAUUGGGGAAUUUUAUACUUGCAGGAAAAGAAGAGGAUUAUUAUGCCGCUUUCAUAUUAGUCGUCAACAUUGCGCUUGCUUGUCUUGAAGAGAUCAAGGUUGAUGGGAUGAGGCCCGCUGCCUCCGACGUGGACAUGAUCUGUCAGCAAAAUGAUUUCCCGAUGUUCCAGUCCCACCAGAAGGAGCAAUCUACUCGGAAGCCCGACAUCGUCUUUCUUCCUUUGAAAAGCGCACACGCAGCAUUCCCGAAUGACUUGAAGUUCAUAGGAGGUGAUCAUGGGGUCACGAAUGCGACCGCAAAACCGGACGCUAAUCUCCGAUGGAAAGAUGUGCUAGCUUGUAUCGAGUUCAAGCGAAAAAGAAUAUCGAAUCGCACGAUCCCAAUAUCUUAUCAAUACAAAGACCAUGAUGCUACCAAUCCUGGCUAUCUGCCGGUGGAUCAUCUCACGCUUAACAACCCGACGCCUGCACCGACGCCAGGCGCUUCGCAGCACCAAGCAAAUCAAUCAGCACCCGAACAUGAUGGUUCCGUGCGCCGUUCGGCCCGACUUGCUAGUCAGCUGCAAGCUCCCCCGUCUUCCACGGACCUCAAGCGCAAGGCCCAGGCACAGCAGGGAUCUAAUCCCAAGCGAGUCAGGUCCGACACCAAGCCAGACAACACCAAGCCCGGCACCAAGCCAGGCACCCAGCCCGACAUCAAGACGGCAGAUGUAACCGUCCAGGCGGGUCUCUACGCUGCCGAAAUGUUUGCGGCCAAUCUUGCAGUCAGUCAUUUGCUCAAUUUCAUCGUCAUUGACGAUGUAAUCUGGAUCUGGUAUUAUGAUCGGCAAGGGAUCAUUCAAUGCUCGGGCAUCAAUUUCAUUCAAGAUCUCCCACGAUUCAUGGUCUUGUUGUAUGCUUUACAACGAUUCGAGUUUGGCGACUGGGGCCGAAACACGCGCAUUCUUACACAUACAAAGAAAUGCCAGAAAAUCACAAUUCAGGAUGCAGACCUGGGAUCUGUAACUCUCCUGCUUCACACCAGCGACGAAGAAACAGUGACCCACUACGGGUUACAAGGCCGCGCCACGAAUGUGGUCCCUGUCACCAGCAAAAACAAAAAGCUCGACAAGAAAUUCAACCACAAGAACGAGAAAAAGGGAAAAAGUUGGAUGGUUGCCAAGAUCUUUUGGGGAGAGGAGUUGCGCGAUAGCGAGCCGGCAAUCUUGAAAGACGCGAAGGAAAAAACUAAGGGGAACAAACUCGUAGAAGGCCAUAUUCCCGUGCUGCUCUGUCACGAAAAGUUCACGAAUCCCACGUCCUCAAUCCGAGCAGCGCUUAAGUUUCCGGAACCUACCAAAGGCAGUCGCGUGCUCUACAUCCUCGUAUUCCCCAAGCUCUUCCCCAUCACGAAACUCUGCGGAGACAACCUUUUUGAUGUGUGGCGGCAAUGUAUCCUAUGCCACGUUGAGCUGUGGAUAGUAGGGGUCUUUCAUCGAGAUAUCAGCCCUGGAAACAUGAUGUGGUACCGUGACAAGCUCGGGAAGCUUAUGGGUGUGUUGAACGACUACGAUCUAUCGUCGUUGAAGGAGACGCUGGGUCCUCAGGGCAACGAGCGCACGGGAACAGUGCCGUUCAUGGCGCUCGAUCUUCUCACCGAAGAGGCUCAACGAGGCCAAGUCAUACACCUAUAUCGUCAUGAUAUGGAGUCGUUCGUGUGGGUUCUCAUAUGGAUUUGCUUUCGUUACAGCAAUGGAGCCCUCCUACCACCGGCAUCGCGCCGCUUGGAUGAAUGGGCAACUUCAGGCGCCUCGACAUGUCGCGAGAAGAAGCGAGAUUUCCUGGCUGAUAUUGGAAGGUGCUCCCGCCCGGACGUAGAGCGACGGACGUGGCGUCUCCUUACGCAAUGUGCCCGGGUGCUUAAAAAAGAUGUUGAUCGUCGAGAUGAUCAGGCGAUUGAUCAGCUCAUAGAAGCAGACGAUCAGUCAGACGACGAUGAUCACAGCGACGACGACAAUAAAGAGGAGAAGAACCCGGAUGAGGAUGAGGGCGAGGAUGACGAUGAGAAUGACGAUGACGAUGACGAUGACGAUGAUGAUGAAGAUGGAGAUGAAGUUGGAGAUGAAGUUGAAGUUGAGGAUAAGGACGAGAAUGCGAAUGAGGAUGAGGUAAUGGUUGAGGAUGAGGUAAUGGUUGAGGAUGAGGAUGAGGUAAUGGUUGAGGAUGAGGAUGAGGUAGUAAAGGUUGAGGAAUCGGUGGACCGACUUCCAGGAGUGGUCAAGCAGCCAGAGGAUGAGACAUCUAUAGCGGCUAUCGAAGCCUUCCUACGCAUGUUUACCGAGACCAAGGGCUGGAAAGUGCUAGAGCGCCGCAUCAGUUCACGGUGAUUUUCCUA